AUGAGGUUUGGAGGCUGUUUCGAACUGAUACUGUUUUUAGCAGCUGCAUCAGUUGUUAACUCCCAAAGUGAAGCACCAACAACAGAAGACCCACGGAAUUACCUGUUUGUUAAACCAAGAAAUUUUGUUCUGCACCCAGCGACCAAUAAAACCCGUUUCACAGCUGAAGAGAAAGCACAGAUUGUGCAGAUACACAAUGCUUACAGAAGCCUUGUUCUACCACCUGCUACAAAUAUGCAAGAACUGGUAUGGGAUGAUGAUCUAGAGGAGUAUGCCUGGAACACCACACAAGCGUGUACGGGAGCUCACAGCGCUGGCACAAUGCUCAAGAAGUAUCGACCACAGUUUCCUGAUACAUGGAAGACCUUGACGGCAAUGGGAGAGGUCUUGUAUUAUAGAAACGGGCAGUACUAUAGCUUUGAAGAGGCAUUGUGGAUGUUUUGGGCUGAAGGAAUUGACUACGAUAUCGUAAACCACGAGUGCACGCCUGGCAAAGAGUGUGGCCAUUAUCGAGUGAUGACUUUAGCAGCGUCUGGUGGUGUCGGAUGUGCAAUCAAUGUUUGCAAUAAUUUCAGUGUUAGCAGAUACCCAACGCCCUCAGUGUUUCUUUCAUGCAGUUAUGAUGGCCAGUAUCUAAUCUACUACAAACCAUACAAGGUUGGUGAACGGGGUUCGGACUGCAAGAAACUGGGUUAUGACUAUGAAUACUAUCGAAAUGGACUUUGUAUAUCACCAGAGCGUUAUUGGAACAACAAAAGUUAUGACGGAAACACAAGUGUGGUAGGGUUACCCUCUCCUUACCUAACCACUUCUACAAUCACCCCAGCUACAACUACCGCAACUACAUCAUCCUCAUCAUCACAGCCCAAUACCACUGAGCCUCAAGAAACAUCUGAGACUAUUACUACUACUACACUAGGUACAGAAAGUUCGACCCCGUCGACACUCGAGACCACAGACAGCAGCGUGAAAGUGACAACACGAAAAGAAGACAACACUUCUAUAAUUAUUACAACGAGCACAAUGGAGACAGAAACGUCAGAGUCAACAACUUUAACGAGUACAACACAGAAAACUGCAAGUGGUGGGGACACCACAACGUGUCCUCCUACUUCAGCGACCGAUACAACAGAAAGUUUAACAUACACAUCUACAAAACACACGAGAAGUGUUAAUCGUUCAUGUAGAUCUUGUACAUCGGCAUCAGAGUUAGUACUUCUCUUGUUCGCUCUAGCAAUAUUUGACUACAUAUUCAAUUUAACAUAA